UGACUUUUCAUGUUCUUUGAAUUUUAUUUGUGCAAUGCACGCGAUGAAAAACAUAAAUGACAAAAAUGAUGGCUACAACGAAUGAGUUUGGCCCUGACUCUGGCGGCAGAGUGAAGGGAGUUACGAUAGUGAAGCCCAUAGUUUACGGUAAUAUAGCCCGUUAUUUCGGGAAGAAAAGGGAAGAAGAUGGCCAUACUCAUCAAUGGACUGUUUAUGUUAAACCGUAUCACAACGAAGAUAUGUCGACAUACGUUAAGAAAGUUCAUUUUAAGUUACACGAAAGUUAUAAUAACCCGAAUCGUAUUAUGACAAAGCCACCGUAUGAACUCACCGAAACUGGUUGGGGAGAAUUUGAAAUUGUCAUAAAGAUAUACUUUCAUGAUCCUAAUGAACGUCCUGUAACUAUUUACCAUAUAUUGAAACUGUUCCAAACAACACCAGAAAUACAACUGGGCAAAAAAAGCUUAGUUUCUGAAUUUUAUGAAGAAAUCGUAUUCCAAGAUCCAACAGCACUGAUGCAGCAUUUAUUGAAUUCCAGCAGACCCAUAACACCUGGCGUUUGGCGCCAUAACACAGAUUUCGAAGCUAAGAAAGACUCUACAAUAAAAGCAAUAAUGGAGGCAAGAAACAAAAUAAGGCUAGAGGUCAUAGAUCUGAAGGAAAAGUUAACACUAGCAAAGGAGACAAUUGCUAAGUUUAAAGAAGAAAUUGCCAAGAUUUCAAAGGCUGGAGGGAGUUUGUCCAUUGUAUAAAUAGAAUACUAAAC